AUGAGCACAGUUGGCGACAACCGGCGGAGACGUACAAGGAGCGCAGUCUGCUACAAGCUAACUGGAGGGCGAGGCGACGAGUCCACCGUGCUACGAUGCCUGAGCGAGGGCAACGCAGGACAAGAACAUGACAUGGAGGAGGAUACUGGAUUCUUCAAGCAAGGCGACUUGGAGAGAAAGGUCAUGGCCCCGCGCUACAGCCUGCUUCGGGAGAUAGGGAGGGGCACAUACGGUGUGGUGUACGAAGCAGUGGCCCGGAGGUCCGGUGCGAGGUUAGCCGUGAAAAAGCUACGGUGCGACGCACCGGAAAACGUUGAGCUCGCCCUUCAAGAGUUUUGGGCACUGACAAGUUUGGAGAAACGCCACCAAAAUGUCGUCCAACUGGAGGAGUGUGUGCUUCAAAGGAACGGAAUGGCCCAAAAAAUGAGCCACGGCAACAAGCGGUCCAAGCAAUAUUUGCGGCUAGUUGAGACGUCUCUCAAAGGUGAGAGAGUGUUGACGCCUCCAGAAGAGCCGUGUUACUUGUGGUUUGUCAUGGAGUUCUGUGAAGGAGGUGACCUCAACCAGUUCAUCUUGUCCCGACGGCCUGACUCGCGAACCAACAACAGCUUUAUGCUCCAACUUACCAGUGCUGUGGCUUUUUUACACGAGAACAAGAUUGUACACCGAGACCUCAAACCGGACAAUAUUCUCAUCUCCGAGAGAUCGGGAACUCCUAUUCUCAAGGUUGCAGAUUUUGGCCUGAGCAAAGUUUGCGCAGGUUUGGGAAACGUCACUGAGGGCAAGGAAGGCGACGACAAAAGUAAAACUAUCAACGUCAACAAGUUUUGGUUGUCAUCAGCUUGUGGCUCAGACUUCUACAUGGCUCCCGAAGUCUGGGAGGGCCACUAUACAGCCAAGGCUGACAUAUUUGCUUUAGGAAUCAUCAUUUGGGCAAUGUUGGAGAGAAUUACUUUUAUUGAUGCCGAGUCCAAGCGAGAGCUCCUCGGAACCUAUGUGAGACAAGGAGCAGAUAUCGUGCCGGUGGGCGAAGCGCUGCUAGAAAAUCCAAAGAUGGUACUAAACAUCCCCCAGAAACGCAGGUCAUGCAUGUCUGAUGGAGUGAAGAAGCUGCUGCUGGACAUGCUUGCCGUCAACCCUCAGGACCGACCAGAUGCUUUUGAGCUUCAGACAAGAAUGGACCAGGUGAUGUGUCCUGUCUGA